UAGGGCAGGGCUAGAACAUUUGAUGGCCCGCGCUCGAUACAGGGGAUUGCGGCCGAUCUUGUCUUCGAUUCGCGCUCCUAGGGCCAAGGCACCGCUAUUGAUCCACAGCCGGAGCGGCCACAGCGGCGGCGGCAAGCCCUGGCAGGAGAGCGUCUAUGUCGACAGGGAUCCCAGUCCCGUUCGCAGGCUUGAGCAUGUUCUUCGCGAGCACAAGAUUUGCAAGGCGGCGCCCAGUUGGCUGCCAUUCGUCCCCGGGAGCUGCUACUGGGUACCUUCCAAGGAUCUGGCGCUUUUACCCGGCGACGCAUACGGCUUCGUGAAGAGUUUGGGGGCAAGCGAAGCUUGCGAUAUGGUCAAGCGGCUGCGCUUGAAUGAUUCUCCUCGGCUUCCAGCGGAAAAAGUGGUCAUUGUUGUAGAGCCUGUGGAUCCUGAUGAUCAAUCCGGAGACGCUUAAUGUACAGGGUGUGGUCACAUUUUAUUUGUCAGCUGGUAAUCCACAGCGUUUCUAUCACUGGAUGGUAAGAAACGCAAAUUAAUGCCCGCGAUCCCACGCAAUUUUCCUUGAGCUUGAGAUCAUACAAGAGGUUUAAUAGACACUCCUGUUCUAGAAACCAGCAUCCAUCGUCAUGAAGAAGGUUUUGGGAUUUGACA